AUGACUGUGAAAUUUAUCACACCAUCUUCUUCGCGACCUCCAAUUCGAAAUUCCGGUAGAGAGAGCUCUUGGUCGCGUAAAAUGAGUGGAUCUCUUGCCUCUUCGAUCCACGGUAUUAAUGAUAAUGCUCCACAAAUUCAACAGACACAAAAUAAUAAUUCGGCCAUGGCUCGCGAGGCAGCUUGGCUUCAGGCGGUACGGAAAAUGGCCGCCAAACGCUACGAUCCUCCAAAGCCCCGAAUGAGCAUUCGGCGAGUGCGAAGCAUUAAGGCUCCAGGAGGAAGUGGGGGUCCAAGUGCGGCCAAACUCCCUCGAGCCGCCAGUGUAGUGCCGAUGGACAGUGGUGAGGAUAUCGCCAUGCAAAACGACGCUGCCGCCCCACCGGGACCUCCGAUUGGUCUCCCCAAUACGGGCAGUUCCCUCAGUGGUUACCCACCUCAUGAAAUGAGAUAUCUCACAUACAAACAUGCUCGGUGGUCACUGCGCCUUAUCACACCGCAAGAGAAAUUAAAACCGAAGCGUCUACUGGAUCUGGUAUUUUGUCAAAUAAUUGGUGACGUCUUGGAAGAUGCGACGCCACGCCUGACACCAAAUGACAUACGGGGUCUGAGAAAUACCAUCGGGGAUAUUCUUCUAAACAACUCCCUCAAUCAGCUCAUUUUGCAGCCUACCGCUGUCAAAAGAAUGGUCAUUGAUGCUGCCAAACAAUGCCCUUACUAUUUCGGUAGAUUCUACGCUAUCGAGCCCACUAAUGGAUCUGAGAACUCGCGUCUCUAUCACUGGUGUGUAGUGGGACUUAAAGCCAUACGUUUAGUAGCUCAGAAGAAGAAUGAACGCCAUCUGGAGCCUUAUGCGGAGAUUCCAUUAGGUAAUAUCGAAAGUUGCAAGGCUUCUUUUAAGGCGCGUUCAAUGAUCCAGCGACAACUUGCCGGAAAGAAGUACUUGGUUAACACCAAAGGGAUCCGAAUCACUGAUGAGCCAAACUACGUUGUUAUAAGAGAUUUUAGAGGCCAAGUUAUUGACAUGUACACUACCUACGCAGACGAUCUUUGUCGGUUGAUCAAUAUUUUCAAGGAUGAAUACAACAUGAAAAAGAAGAGUUCUGACACAUCGAGUCACCGUGAUCCACGUGAUAAGAAUUAUGUGGAUUAUAUGUCGGAUUCCGCAUCGAUCGCUUCCGUGCGUUCCAAUUACGGUAACGCGCUUGAAAUACUAAUUCCGUUUGCUAGGGAACACUUCAAAGACAAAGCAAAUAUUGGAAAACAACUCUCCUGGCAACCAACUCCUUUGAAGUACGGAUCUUUGAUCAAGUUAAGUGAUCCAAAUGCGGUCGAAGCUGCUUCAAGAAUUUUUGAAGCCAUUCUCGAGCUCUGCCAAGAACGCCCGCAAUCCAAGACCCCAGUGGCUUUGGUACAGAGAAUUCUCAAGUUGGCGAAACGUCAUCCAGUUCUCCAAGACGAAGUUUUCUGCCAAAUAUUGAAACAGACAAAUAGAAAUGAAAGUGAAAAUCCAAAUUCAGUGUCGAUGGUAUGGACAAUAUAUACAAUUUGCUCCAUGUUCCUGACUUGCACCCCUAACCUUCGACACAGGCUUGUUGAACAUGCAAAGAGUUGCACUCUCAACGGUCACAAAGUUCAGACUCUUGCAGCAACAGUGGUGGGCAAUCUGGACAAGGUGGAGAAAUUCGGACCACGUCAGAUUCUACCACCAGAUGUCGAAAUUGACGCUUAUUUGAACGACGAUAUGACUUGCAAGCACCGAAUAAAUCUGCCAGCUCGUUGUGCCAUCACCGUGAAUGUCUCCCCAAUGUCCUUGAUCGGUGAGGUCUCCUUCAUGCUAGCCGAACAGUUGAAUAUUACCUCAGCAAAGGAGAGACUCGAAUUUGCUCUCUUCCGCCUCCCAUCAAAACCUCUUGAUGGUAUAGCUAACAUAAGCUUAAUUCCGAUUGAGUUGAAGACUUACUACUUCGACUCUUGUCCAUACGAUGAAGGAAAUGAAAACUCAGCUCUCUUCUACCGAAGAGUAUGCUGGUGGACUCAGCCUGACCUUGAGAAGAGGUCACCAGAGUACAUCAAGGUCCUUUUCGAUCAGGUUGUUGAGCAAUUCCUUUCUGGAUAUUGGAUAUCUACAGAUGAUGGCCAAUUGGAAGAAAAGCAAUAUCGUGAACUUAUUCAAAUGGCAGUCUACUUGUCUUUCAUUUUCUCGAAUGGUUCAAAUCUAUCCGCUGAGGAAGCGGUUGAUCUAAUGCCAAGAGGGGUAGGGAUUCGUAAACGGGAUUGGACACGAAAUCUUCUGGAAGCUGUGUCCAGAUGUCCGGAGAUGAGCCCUUCAGAAUCUCGCAAGAGUCUCAUCACUGCAAUCUCUCACUGGCCGCUAUACGGCGCCACCUGUUUCCAUGGUUUCCUGAAGAGUCUUCCAGAGGAUCAAACCCCGAUUAAGUUCCAAAAGUAUUAUGACAAUAGAGAUGUAACAAAACCAAUGCUGCCCAUUCUGGUAGCCAUCUGUAGGAGCUCAAUCUGCUUCCUUCAUCCCGUUAGACGUGUCAUUCUCAUGAAUUACUCAAUUGCUGAUCUUAAACGUGUCAGGAAAAUACUUUCACGCGAGGAGGGUGAGGAGUACGGUGGUGAAGUGACUCUGACUUUCGGCACUCAAAAUAUCACUCUCAUCUUUGAUCAGGAAGACACUUUCAGUGGUUAUUCGAAGGGUUUGUCGGGAGACAUUAGAGUGAGUCAGAAGGAGGUAUCUCUUGCGGACCACCAGCUUGUCUGGACACACACACGUGCUUGGCCAGCUGCUCCUCCUCCUCCUCCUCCUCCUGCUGCUGCUGCUGCCGCCGAAACAACGAAUAUUUCGGCUGGGAAUCUCUCCACUAGAAGGUGA